UCAGUGAUUGCAGGUUGAGAAGUCUAAAUGCACUUCUUGUUUCUUUAUUUUUCUUAGAAUUAAUACUUCUUUCAUCCUUUGUUUCCAAAGUAUGGGAGUGCUUAACACGAAUUCAGAAUGUAUUUUAGCAUCAUAUGUUUCCACUUUUCCCCAGUUAAUUUUGUGCAAAAGAACUCUGUCAGUGACUGUUAAGAAAAAAUGUGUGUCGGAAGCUCAUGAACUCACACACUGUAAAACCUCACUAUACAUACGCCAGCUAUGGAACUCUAUGUGCACUUUUGGGAAACAUGAAUUCAGGACAUUGUGCUUUGAACUUUAUUUUGUCUGAAGACGUGGUUGUUUUCUCCCUGCAAUGAACUACACAAGUAAAAGGACUGGCCCCCCUUGGCGACAAUUUGCACAUGUUAUGAUUCUGAGAAGAGAAAGUCGAUGAUCUGGGAGUCAAAGUGGCACUGUCCAUGCUAAGAUUCUACAAAAGAGAGAUAUCACCCUUACUACCUUCAAGCUGCCGUUAUGUGCCAACAUGCAGCGAGUACUCUAUGCAGGCGUACAAAAGGUACGGGGUUGCAAAGGGUACAAUCUUGACAGCAUGGUGUCUGUGCCGUUGUAACCCUCUAAGUGAGGGGCAAACACUUGGAUUUGAGAUAUCAUUUCGUUCUCCAUCCAUUCCAUGUGAAGCCAACAACCUCACCAUUUCUAGCCGUUGGAACUAUCAAAGCUUUACAUUCCAGAAGCUCCACCCUUGGAUCAAAUCUGCAAGCGAACAGAUGGAUUGUUGGAAUAAAGAAAGUACAAAUUCAAGCCACUCGUGCCAUCUUACGAGGCAGAUUAUAUCAGAGUGUUUCUUCAGUCAUGUGUUCACAGUAGCUCUGAGAAAAAGGCGCAAAUUGACCACAUGAACGUGGUUUCUGGUACCUGAGUUACAGAUACAAAAAAGAAUAUCUAUGCCAUACAUGGCACACAAAGACAAAAUCAAAUGUUUAUGCAUCGGUAGGUACUCAAUCUAUCUAUAUCUGUGCCAAUUCAGAACCA